CGCCUGGGCGCGCCGAUUGGCUCGUGCGCUGCGGGCCGGCUCGGCGACGCGCUCUCCUCGGAGCCGCUCACUGCACGGUAGAGACUGGUGCCCCCGCCACCGCCUGCACCGCCGCUGCCGCCGCCCCGCGAGGACCACCGCCGCCCCCUGCCCUGCCGCCGCCGCCGCCACCGCCUGUGUCGCCGCCGCCUCGGGACCGGCUGUAUGAUUAGGCCACAAUCUUCAAUGAGUAAACAUAUUCCUCAGUUCUGUGGUGUUCUUGGUCACACAUUUAUGGAGUUUCUGAAGGGCAGUGGAGAUUACUGCCAGGCACAGCACGACCUCUAUGCAGACAAGUGAACUGUAGAAAUUAAUUACUACUCCACCAAGAAGCCCCCAUAAGAGUGGUUGGACACAAAAGUGUUGACUUGAAAUCCACAGAGCAUUUUACAAACGUUCUGACCUGGAUGGGGUAAACCUCAGUGCACUUCCUUUCUGUUGCCUCAGUAUUUACUGGAGUGAAGAAUUGCUGCUUCUUGUUAGGAGGUUCAUUUCAUUUAUCAUUACUUCCAACUUCAUACUCAAAGCACUGAGAAUUGCAAGUGGAGUACAUCGAAGUAGACUUCAGUUUCUUUGCAUCAUUUCUGUAUUCAAUUUUUAAAUUCUUUCAUAACCCCGUUGAGUGUUUAAAUUACCAUGGCGCGAAUGAACCGCCCAGCUCCUGUAGAAGUCACAUACAAGAACAUGAGAUUUCUUAUUACACACAAUCCAACCAAUGCAACCUUAAACAAAUUUAUAGAGGAACUUAAGAAGUAUGGAGUUACCACUGUAGUAAGAGUGUGUGAAGCAACUUAUGACACAACCCUUGUGGAGAAAGAAGGCAUCCAUGUUCUUGAUUGGCCUUUUGAUGAUGGUGCACCACCGUCCAACCAGAUUGUUGAUGACUGGCUAAGUCUUGUAAAAAUUAAGUUUCGUGAAGAACCUGGUUGUUGUAUUGCUGUUCAUUGUGUUGCAGGCCUUGGGAGAGCUCCAGUGCUUGUUGCCCUAGCAUUAAUUGAAGGUGGAAUGAAAUAUGAAGACGCAGUGCAGUUCAUUAGACAAAAGCGGCGAGGAGCUUUUAACAGCAAGCAACUUUUGUAUUUGGAGAAGUAUCGUCCUAAAAUGCGACUGCGCUUCAAAGACUCCAACGGUCAUAGAAACAACUGUUGCAUUCAAUAAAACUGGGGUGCCAGAUGCUAUUGCCUUGGAAGUGCAACUUGAGAUAGGACCUAAUUGGUCGUGCAUGUUAGCCAGUGUUGGCUUGGUGUUAAGUCUGAUGACGCUUCCAUAGGGUAUUGAAAAGCAGUUUUACCAGGCCACAGCUUGACAGAAUUGGCAACCUCUGUUUGGGUUACAUUCAACCUGUGUGAACACUUAGCAAAAGAUUUUUGCUGUUCACAUUUAAAAUGUGCUUAUCAUUUUUAACAAUUGACCUUUCCUGAUAUCAUGCGGUGUUUAGUUGUCUUUGUUUAAAUCUGUUCCCAUGCCAGAAUCUUUUCAAUACUUAAGAAAUUUAGAAAGAUUAGGUGCCAAAAUACCCAGCACAAUACUCACAUAUUUUUAGUAUCAUAUAGACCUAAAAUCCCAGGAACUAUGAACACUCUAGACCUUAUGUGGUUUUAUUUCUUCAGUCAUUUCACACAUUGGAAGUAUGGCUUGUGUGGUUACUUGCCUGUUCACUUUAUGUUUACAUCUCCCACAUUCAGACCAGUGCACAUCAGGUUUGCUCAGCCAUCAGUUGUUUGUUUGGAUUUUUACCUAGUCUUACAGUGAUUAUUUAAUGUCUUUCUGUAAAUCUCAUUUUGUGCUGUUAUGGAAAACCUCCAUUUGGGAAAUCUACAUUGUACAGAAGCACAUGUCUUUAUGUCUUCAGACAAAAAAGCCUUACAGUGAAUUGAUUGUUUGCACUCUAAGGUGCAACUUAACAGGGAGGGCCUGAAGAAAGAAUGGGAGGGGCUAUCAAGUAUUUUUAGCGAAAUGUUGCCUUUGUCUUGUGCAGAACCUAUAGAAUAUGCUCUUUAAUUUAGCAAAUAUUUUUUUAAAAGGUAGAGAUGCUUUGUUAUUGUAGGUAAAACAAUUCUUAAUCAUAAAAUUUCUGAAAUUCUUGUAAUUUUUUUCCCAUACUUAUCAGAAGUUGUUUACCAACUUAUUUUUGUUUGAAGUGUGAUUUUUUUUUUUUCUUCCCAACCUCUCUUGCAAAAAAGAAGUGGGUUUCUGCUAAUGAACUGAGCAGACAUCUAAUAUUUUAUAUGCCUUUUGAGCUGUGUAACUUAAUAUUUGGAUACUUGAUAAUUUGUUUUAUUAUGUAAUUGAUUAAAUGGUGAUGUGUAUUAAUGUUAGUUCAGCCAUAUAUUUAUACUGUCUGGGGAUGUGUGGUGACAGUUCUGUGGGAGAAAUAAUUUGUCAGUGUUCACCAGCUUGUAAAAACUUAGUGCGAGAGCUUAAACAUCUAAAUAAAUAAUGAACUGCGUUUAUCAUCAUUGAGAUUGUUUUGCUUAAAGUUAACUUAUUUUGUAGAAAACAAUGAAUCGCACUUCAUUUAAUGCCAUUUGAUGUAAAGUGUGUGUCCUCGUCUUCAACAAAUGAAGGAUAAAAUGAAGUCAGCAUUUUAGCAAGCUUAUUGACAAUUGGUUAGGAUCAUGAAAACUUUGACUGUAUAACACUAAAAGUGCUUUCCAUUAUAAACAUUCCUUUUUAAAGGUCUAGAUAAUUUAUUAUUGUCUACUGAGGAGAAACUAGUUGAAGAUGGCCUUAACUUAAGCUCAGUUCCACUAAUUAUUACUGGUUUUGUGCAAUUUCUGUACCUCUAUUGCAAAUUAUAUCUAAUAAAUUGUUAAAUUAAUUUGAACAUAAGUAUUUGGCACAUCAAAGCUUAAUGUUAAGUUUUUCUUAGUAAUCUGAAGUACUUCCUUUGCAUAGCUCAUGGAAAUCUAAAAAGGACAAAUGUCUUUUUAAACAGCGGUUGUAAACAUAAAAUAACCAAUUUGAGUAAAAAGUGAUACUGCACUUGUGUUUCAAAGAAUUUGCUCUCAUCUCUUCAUGCCAGUUUAGCACUUAAUGUAUUUCAUUCCUGAAAUGUACCAGGGCAAAAAGGAAAAACAGGUCUCUGGAGUCCUUUCUUCAAAUCUUAGAUCUUUGGAUUGGGACUAGUUAUUUAACCUGAGCUGUGUUUUUUGUUUGUUUUUUAAAGAAGAUACAGUCUACUUUUAAUGAAAAUGCAAUUUUAUGUGAGUGACUGCUAAAUGAUCAACUAUUACCACACAGCCCAGAAAACAUCCUUUACGUUCAUUCAAAGAGGAGGUGCCAUUAUAAUUAACGAAAAAUAUCUUUUGAGUUUGAAAAGUUAAUUUGCAGUGAUGGAUUGUAUAUAUAUGGUGCUAAAAAUCAAUUUACUUUAUAAACCUUAUCUGUACAGUAUACAAUGUGAUGAGACUUGCUUUUUAUCCAAAUAAUUUUGUAUCUUGUAAAUACAGCUGAUUAUAGGAAUGCCUAUAAUACAUCUGAAGAUUCCUUAUAUUUAAUAAGAAUUAUAAGAAUUCUGAGUCGAAGUCUUGAAUGCAAGAAGUUAUCAGAUGGUGUUCUACAAUUUGGUUACUUGGAUUUGGAUUCCCCCAAUGGGAUGAUGUAAAUAGUAACUAGUUGCCUAGGCUUGUCUAUAGAAACUGUAAUGUUCCUGAUGUAAGUAAUGCAGUUGCUGAAUCCUAAGAAGAAGAUGCAGUCUCCUUUUAGUUGAAGGAAAAUCCUAGAAAUAGGUACCAGUGGUCAUUUUACUGUGCCCUGCAAUCUUCGUUUUCCUUAGAGCCCCCUUUCCCUAUUCCCCUGCCUUGACACAACUCCAGACCUAGAAGCAGCCAGGCCAGGCAUGGGGUCUCAUCCCAUCCCAUCCCCUUUCUAUAGUGCUUCAAAAAUGAUACUGUGCUUCCCCCAACUUGGCUGCAGAAUCUCAAUCUGGGUUUUUUAAAUGUAUUCAUCUGACAAAUGUCUACCGUUUGCCAGGCAUUUAAGAGUAUGGCAGAGAAUGUGAAAGAUAGUCACCAAUGAGUUCCCCACCUCUUGCUAGUAUUAAGAGAAUGCGUUCUGUUGGAGUUUCAGGAAAUGUAAUUUGAAGAGAGGAAAUACUUCAAAGGGAAGUGGAAGUAUAAGCAACAGUUUUUUAUUUACAUGUAAAUGAAGUUAUUUUAAAGUUUUUAGGAAAAAACAUGAAGGUGGUGUCUGCUAUACAUGUUUAUAUUCUACAUUCUUGCUUCCUUGAAUAAUAUGUUUGUGUGUAUAUAUGUGCCUCCUUACACUUGGAUUGGAAAUUAAAGACUGGUUUAAAAGUG